UUCUCUCCCUUUUGCUCUUUACUUAAUUUUGACAGUUGUUCUUAUUAGAAAACUACACAUUCCUUAGUAAACACUAGUGAAUUUAAUUAAAUUCAUUUUAUAAAUUAUAACUAUUUAAUUUAAAAAACUACUACACACCAACAUCAUCAACAGUUUUGAUGAUUUUAAAACCAUAAACUGCCAGAAUAAAAAAAAUAAAGUAAUGACAAAUAAAUUAGCAACAACAAGAUGGGCAUUUGACCUAAGCACUUGGUCGUCACCCACAUUAAAUCAGCUAACACAAGCUGUAGCCGCCAUACAGCCGGAGGAAAGGACUAGAUUAAUGAAAUUCUAUUUUAUUAAUGAUUUUCUAUCAUCAUUAGUGGGACGUUUACUUAUGCGUAAGUACGUCAGUGAAAUGUGCAAUUUGCCCUAUGAAGACAUUAAAUUUGCCAGAGAUUUAAGAGGAAAACCUUAUCUACUGCCCAAUGAAGGGACAAAAGCUACACCUGCUCUUAGUUUUAAUGUCUCACAUCAAGGCAAUUAUGUGAUAUUAGCCGGUGUUAUAAAUACGAACCAAACAGAUUUCAAUGACUUUGGCAUUGGUUGUGAUGUCAUGAAAAUGGAAUAUUCCGGAGGCAAAGAUUUAAAAGAAUUCUUUCGUAUUAUGCAUAGAAAAUUUGCCAAUAGCGAAUGGAAUUAUAUUUGCCAGCCACAUUUCAAUCAACAGCAACAACUAAAAGCUUUUAUGCGUCACUGGUGUUUAAAGGAAUCUUAUGUCAAAGAGCUGGGUGUGGGUAUAACAGUGGAUUUACAAAAAAUUGCAUUUACUGUGGACUCUAAUAAGGAACUUAACUUGGAAACACAACCCUUAUGUGGCACUACCUUAAAAUGUAAUGAUUUACCCAUGACUCAAUGGUAUUUUGAGGAACAUUUGCUGCAUCCUAAAUAUUGUGCUGCUAUAGCUUUUCGUAAUUUUAAACCUGAAAAAACUGAUAAAUUUCAAUUACUCACUAUAAAUGAACUCUUGCAUACAUCAGUCCAACAAAAUGACCAAGAAAUUAUAGAUUAUUGUCGCACAGCCUUAAGUAAACCUAAUAAAUAAUAUUGUCUUAAUUAUAAAA